CCAUCGCGGAUCGCAUUCGCGGUCGGCGAUUACGCCAGCGAUCAUCGACACAAAUUCACACAACCACGAGAUCUUAAUUAUCACCUUUUAGUUGUUGUGUUUUUUAAGUGCGACCAUGGGAUUUAAAUUCGUUGCGGUGUGCUUCAUCGCGUCCAUAUUAAUUGACUCAAGUUCACAAUAUGGAUAUAGCUAUGGUGGUUCCAGUUCAAGUGCUUACAGUUCAGCAAGUUCAUCAGCCUAUAGCUCUGGUGGUGUGGACAGUAAAGAAGGCGAAGAACUAAUCAAAGACAUAGCUAAUGGUAUCAAAGGAAUUUUAAGUCAAUCCGGAAGUUUCGCUGGAGGUUACGGCGGUGGUUCCGGUUUUGCCGGAGGAUAUGGAGGUGGUUACGGAGGCGGUUACGGAGGAAGCUCAGGUGGCAGUGGUUAUUCCGGAAGUUACCACGGCGUAAACGGCGGUUCCGGUUUUGGUGGUAGCGGCAGUGGAAGCAGUUCCGGUGGUUAUGGCGGCGGAUACGGUGGUGCUUCCUCAAAACCCUGCUACACAGGCGGUUGUAACCCAGGAGCUGGUCACUUUGGUGGUCCAGGUGGUAGCCAGGGAGGUAAUCAAGAUAUAUUUGGAAGUGGAGGUACCGCCACAGUUAUAAUCGAUGGUGAAAAGUGGACCGGACCAGUUCCAGGACCAGAUGGCAUACCUUCCGAGUUGUUUAUCUCUACAGGACCUAUCAAAGGAGGUUCAUCUGGAGCUUUUGCUGGUUCUGGUUCUAGUUCUGGUUCAGGAGGUUAUGGUGUAAGUGGAAUAUUUGCAUCAGUUGCACCCGGAGGUAGUAUACAUGAUAGUAAACCUGCGUAUGGUCAUAAUGGUGGGUCUAAACCUACUGUUGUUGUUGUUACUACUACUACUGGUGGUCAUGGUGGUCAAAGUAACCAAGGAGGUGUACAUACUAGUGUUACAAGUGGUUCUGGCGGGAAUAAGUUCCCGGGACCUCAAGGGAGUAUUCAUGAUAGUAAACCAGUUGGACAAUAUCCCACAUACCCAUCAAAUCAACAAAAACCAUCAACACCUAUUUUCACCAGUCCUACUUCUAAUCCUACAUCUUAUCCAGGACAUGAUUCCGGUGAACAUCAUUACACUGGUCCUUUCCCAGGACCUGCUGGUAGUAUUCACGAUAGUAAACCUACUGUAGCAACUUCUACUUCCACUGGAACAACUGCUGGUAGUAAUAGUGAUGGUGGAUACCAUGGAGGACCAGGUGGUCAUCUAGGACCUUCUUAUGGUAAACCUCAAUGUGGAUCUUCUGGUAACUGUAAUAACAACAAACCGGAAGAACCUCGUGUGCCCCAAUGUUCAGGUGAAGGUUGUUAUGGUCAAUUGACACCAUCAUCUAAACCAGAUAUAGUUGGACCCAUUCCAAAACCUUUGGAUGAUAGUAAAUGUCCACCAGGUGGUUGUAAAGUAAUAGAUAGUUAUCAACCUCCCCCAAGUGGUAUCCCACCAGGUUUUCCUACUACAGAUAUUCACAGUACCAGUACUGGUGGUAAGAUUCCUGGAAAUUAUAAACCACCUACCACAAAUCCGUUUGAAGCACCUGAACCCACCAAACCUAGUGAUAGUGGAUAUGGAUCAAUUGGAACUGGGUCAUGUGUAGGUGGUGCUUGUCAUCCAACUGGAAAUGGACGCCCUGGUGCUGUUAAUCCAUUUGAAACACUUCCGAAUGGAAGUCCUUGUGUGGGAGGUAAUUGUGGUAAUGCAGGUGGUCACACUUCUACUUCUUCAUCGGGUAGUUACGGAGGUAGUGCUACACAAAACCCAAGUGGUACACCUGGUUGCUUAGGAGGACUGUGUAGUACCACUGGAGGUGGAAAUGGCUUCCUAGCUGGUCCUGGCUUUGGGGUAAAGACCCCGGAACUGCUCCAGUUGGUAAUGUUGCAGGACCAUGCUCAUCAGGAAACUGCGGGUCAACUAAUCAAGGUCAUACUGGUUCAGGUCCAGGUUUUGGUGGGGAUAUUAGUUUACCUGGUUAUGGAGGAAAGGAUCCGGGAACCGCCCCAGUUGGUAAUGUUGGUUCACCAUGCUCAUCAGGAAACUGCGGAUCAAAUAAUCAAGGUCAUACUGGGUCAGGCUCUGGUUGUACCGGAGGUUCUUGCACAAAUAAUAACUCUGGUCCUGGUUUUGGUGGGGAUAUAAGUCUACCUGGUUAUGGAGGUAAAGAUCCAGGAACCGCCCCUGUUGGUAAUGUUGGUACACCAUGUUCUUCAGGAAACUGUGGUUCUAACAAUGAAGGCCAUGUUGGUGGAACUGUUUGCAUAGGAAGUUCUUGUACUC